UAACGACGCAUCUUAAACAUCUCGCUGGGCUAUUCUUUCAACACAUUUGAAUAUUACGGAGGAGCUCUUCUGUCCAACACUAAUCAUGCCGACGCUUCUUGACCGCGCAUUGCAAUCUCGAGGUGCUCUGUUGACUUUUUCGGGCAUCAUCACAGCUGUGGCAGCUUUCACGAUCUUGGGUGGAUCGAGUAUCUUCCCACCCGAAUCGGAUCCAACGGGCGACCCCAAUGAUUGGACCGAAACGGAUCUUAAGAGAUGGUUAAACAACAGAAACCUAAAGCCCAAUGACAAAGCCUCUCGCGAGGAACUCAUCGAGCGGGUGAGGGCAAAUAUGAGACCGGCUACUCGGCCUUCUUAAGCGUCUGUCGAGAUUCGUCCUUAUUGGGCAAAUCCAACGAUACAGAAAGUGCUCUCCAAGCCGCUCAUGCGUUGCUUACUCCACUUCACAUGUAGUCGUAUGGCGAGGUUCGAGCGGAUCAAUUGUCGGGGACUUGAUUGCACGAUCUCGAG